AUGCCUGCACAGCAGAACAGGAUGGGCUCGCUGUCGACUGUGUUCCCCUUUCGGAAGCACGAACGCGCCCCGACGCAACAGGCCGCAGAUCGUGCCAGAUCCGACGCAUUGACAAUGUCCUCACAGCUGCCUCGCGCGCACCUCGCUAGCAGCCAAGGCCUCCAGGUAACUGAAGAGCGCACAUCUGCGGUCGAAGGCGACAGCACCCCAGCCUACGCGCUCACCGACACACACGCACGCACGUACCGCCCCGAAGUUCUCAAGACGAUCGACGGAGCCCUGGCCCUGCUGGAUCCCCAGCUGCGCGAGCUGAGCUUGGACAUAUGGCGCCAUCCGGAGCUCAUGUGGGAGGAGGCGCACGCACACGACGCGCUCACGUCCUUCAUGUCUGCACGCGGCUUCGCCGUGACGCCGCACUACCUCGGGCUCCGCACCGCCUGGCGCGCCGAGUACGCGCACGUCUCGUCCUCGCGCUCCCCCUGGUCCUCGCGCCCGCGCGUCAUCGGCGUCAACGCGGAGAUGGACGCGCUCCCCGGCAUCGGGCACGCGUGCGGGCACAACCUGAUCGCGGUGGCGGGCGUCGGGGUCGCGCUCGCGCUCAAGGCCGCGCUGGAGACGCACGACGUAUCCGGGAGGAUCGUCCUGCUCGGGACGCCUGCCGAGGAGGGCGGAGGCGGGAAGAUCGUGCUCUCGUCUCGUGGUGCGUACGACGAGAUGGAUGCUUGUUUAAUGUGCCAUCCGUCGGGCGGCCCCCUGCGGCACGCGUCGCUCGGGCCCUCCCUUGCCAUACGGACCAUGGACAUCGAGUUCAAAGGCCACGGCAAUUUCGGUAUAGUGGAAAAGAGAGAUCGAGGAUCUAUCUCUGCGUUCGACGAGGACGAUCCACUGCUACCCACGGUACCUAUGAGUACCGGUCUCUUCUCCGGUGAACACAACGUCCGUAAGAUAGGGCGGGAAGCGGCACGCAAUACAAGAACGCCAGGAACGAGCUUCAACGGGGGCUCUGAUAACGUGUCGGCCUCUCCCAAGUCCAUAAACCCCAUCCCGGCGGCGCAAUGA